ACGUACAUACACACAUGUACAUGCACACACACACAGACCCAUGUACACAAACACAGACACAUGUACACACACACAUGCAUGUACAUACACACAGACACAUGUAUAGAUACAUACAUGUACAUGUACACACACACACGCACACCCCCUAUAAAAAGUUGCAGUACUUCAUUGUUCACUCACAGAUCCGGGUACUGAACUCUAGGGGGAGGCAGAGAGCACAGCACACACUCUUUCCUUUGCUUUCACUGCGCUCAGCUAUUUAGCAGUCUGACGGCUCCCAGUGCUGAUGACAGUUCCGGCCUGAGCUCUGAGCCUGCUCAGCAAGACGGCCCUGGGGGACACACUCACCCCCACCAUAAUUUUCACUCACCAUUGGCGAGCAGGCGAGUGGAAAUUUCAAGGCCUAGUUUA